ACGAGCGAGACGCUGCUGUUUACAUACAUCACAUGUUUCUGUUCCUGCGUUCACGUUGGUAGUCCCGCCGGUAGAUCAAAAAUAAAAGCCGGAAAAUGACGGAGAUUGAAAACUCGCAGCAGUAUUUCUUCGGGGACAUCGGCUGCUGGUCAGAGAGAACGGAGGUGCACAAAGCGGCGUCCCUCGGUCAGGCGGCCCAGCUGCAGCACCUCAUAGAGAGCGGGGCGUCGGUCAACAUGGUGGCUGUGGACUCCAUCACGCCGCUGCACGAGGCCUGCCUCCAGGGUCAGACCCAGUGCGCCCGACUGCUGCUGGAUGCUGGAGCUCAGGUGGAUGCGAGGAACGUGGACGGGUGCACUCCGCUGUGUGAAGCCAGUUCGGCUGGUAGUUUGGAGUGUGUGAGACUCCUACUGGAUCGCGGCGCCAAGGCCAAUUCUAUUCUCACCUCCCGCACGGCCUCGCCGCUCCACGAGUCCUGCUUAGGAGGAAACUCGGACUGCGUGAAGCUCCUGAUAACCGUGGGCGCUAGCCUGGAGGCGUACAACCUUUACUACGGGACCCCGCUGCACGUCGCUUGUGCUUACGGACACACAGACUGUGUCAAAGUGCUGCUCAAUGCAGGUGCUAAAGUGAAUGCUACCCGGCUGCAUAAGACCCCGCUGCACCAUGCUGCCAAAAACAUGCGAGUGGAGAUGAUCGAGAUGCUGGUGGAGUUUGGGGCCAACAUCUACGCCAGGGAUCAGACCGACAGGAAACCUGUUGAUUACACCACGCCGGGGUCGCCCUCUGCAGCCUGCCUAAAGCUUUAUGAGACCACUCCGAUGAGUCUGCAGCAGCUCAGCCGGGUGGCGGUGAGGAACAGGCUGGGCACCCGAGCUCUGAAGGUCGUGCAUCAACUGGAGAUCCCCAAACUCCUCAUCAGCUACCUCUGCUAUCAGUGACCCGUCGGCUCUGCAGGAGGAUGGACGGUUAAAGACACACUGGAGACUCACAGAGCUGCUGAGAGUAGCCCAGAAGAGGUGCCGUUGUUAAAAUAUAACAGUGCACACACAUACACAGAUGUUCUUAGAGGUCUCUCUGAUGCUGCAUUCACACUAAAUUAACCCAUUCAUAGUCUUUAGACAAGACCACCGUCGUAUUUGCAAAGUUAAAAAAGUGCAAACACGCGAAGUGGUUCAGGCAGUUUUCCAGACGAUUUGUCGUCUUUUUUUUUUAGAGGUGAAACGUUUCUGUUUCCAUUUUGACUGAAUGUCUUUAAUUUUGUUGAAUCAAACAAUAGAAACAACGUUUAAAACUAGGCAUCAACAUCUGAUCAAAAGUCUUAAAACCUUCUUUUCUAAUGAGCACUUUUCGCAGCAGGUGAUGAUGUAACGGCUCGGGAACACGUUAUGUUAUCACAGCGGAGUUUUUCAAGUGUGCAGAUGUUAGAAAUAGAAACAGUCACAACAAACGGCAGCGAGAUCUGUCGCUGUAAAUACGCGGUCUGACUCACAGGAUGGAGACGCUGCUUAUAAACAUGACAUCAGCUGUGUAUUUCUAACAUAGUUCACCUUCUCUUCUGCUAGCUGCGUGUCACAGUUUUCCUAAAUCGUCCUCACAUUGUGAACAGUGACAGUAACAUUGAAGAUCAAGACGGUGGAAAUGGCGAGGUUAAACAAAGGUUUGGAUCAUGCAAUGGGCAGGCCUGUUCUUAAAUACUUAUUUAAAUGUUUAUGUUAAGUUGUCUUUAGCAGGGAUUUAGCUACUUUAUCUUUUUACAGAUAAAUAAAUAAUAAAAGGUCUUAAUAUUACAGCCAUGUCCAUGCAAUGAGCAAAUGUUUCGGUCACAAAAAGUUAUCUUGUUCCACAGUUUUGUACGGUCAUUGAGUACAUUCACAUGGACUUGAGUGUCCCGGUUUUGAUCGGGUUUGUUAAGUAUCCUGUUUUUGUGUUGUGCAUGUUAACGCCAAAUCCUGAAUAUGAUCAAAACCGGGAUGAGGCUUAAAACUGGUACACUAAAGUCCAUGUAAACGUCCUCAUUGUUGUGGAUUCCUCGGCUCUGUGACACCCAGGUCGAUUGUGAUAAGUUUGGAGAUAUAAAAGAAAAAGAUGCAUCAUACCGUAAGGUUGUCAAAAUGUGUGAUACUAUUCAAUACCAUGUGUUUUAAAAAGAUCUGUGUUAUUUCUCAUGAUCGAUGGUCUGUUUCGUACGACAGGUGCGUAGACAAGGGGUGAAUCAAUCAGAAAUCUUCAUCAACAUUCAAAACAGGCACCGCCUGAACAAAAAAUCAAAUGGGGAAAGACAAACUAAGAUUUUGUUGGCAUGUUGUUCUCUUCCCGCUUGAUCUUGUCAUUCUCCUGUGAUGAGUGUACAGCCGCUCUUGGCUGCGCUCACGCUCCAGAAACAGACCCAGUGGGGCGGGGCACACGUGAUCAGACGAAGCAAAACCGUCGCGCUGACGGAACGCACAGACUGACAAAUUUUGCAGUAAGAACUGAUUUUAAUUACAGAAACUAUGUCUGAGAAAAGUUUAGUUUAGAAGUUUAAUUUAUAUACUGACACAUGUCCCAUCUGUUAACAUGGAGGAGGCGGAGGCUUAUGACCUAUACUGCAGCCAGACAGUGGAGGGGGGGGGGGGGGCUCCAAAUGUUCUAGCUUCACUUUUGGGGAGCUGUCAGGACGUCCAUAUUUCAUACUGUCUGUUAGUGUUGCUUAUAGGAAAAAUAAAUUCCAAUGAAUGCUUCAUUAAAACAAAAAGUUUGACAUGUUACUUAACCUGCUGACAGGAAGUCAUCCUCAAAUAGAAAUCCAAGCGUUAGUGUCCUUUUUUUUUUUUAACUAUUGUUGCCUCUUUUCAGUAAACAUGAUGAGUGCUCUGUGUGAGGGUUAUUGUUGUGUAAUAAGAGGCAUUAACUGCAGAUGUUGAAGUCUUAAAUAAGGUUUAAUGUUUGCCGUUCACAUAAAUAGAAGCAUCACUGGCACCACAAGAGACGAAGAGUUUGUGCUUCUGAUAUUAGACACGAUUACAGUCGAGUUUUUAUUUAAAUAAAGUCGGCGCUCAGGGAGGACGGAGACAAAUGGCAUCUUUUUCCUGGCAACUGAAAGUGGCUGUAUUCAAACCUAAACACGUCUCUGUACCGUAAACGGCGAGUUACAGUGAAAUGUAAAGUGGGUGCACAUUUCCUGAAUAACUUCAUUUAUUAAGAAAGUAACUUGCAGAGAAAUACCAAUCGGUUUUGUUGUCAUAGCAGCGCCCAGAGUCAGAGUGACAAACUCCAGAUGCUGCUUCUCGUUCACGGCCUUUUUGUUUGGUGCAGACACUGAAGCUGCGAUCCUCGGUGCCUAUUCAUAGCUCUGUGUUUGCUUCUCCACUAAAACUGCUUCUAGAGAGCGCGCUGAGGUCACAGUGUUUUUAGAGGAAGUGUUUAUGAAUUCCUCAAAGUGCUCCAGGUUUGCUUUAUUGGCUCUUUUCUAAGCUGUUUUGGAAGUUGCAUAACUUUUAUCUGCAGGGGUCAAACCGGGUCGAACACACACUUUAUUUUAACUCUCUGAAAUCAGAACGCCGCGACAGAAAUGGGGGCAGCACAUUUCUCUCCUUGAAGUUGAGUCUCUCUUGCUAAAUGUAGUGUCCCAAUUAAUAUCAUAGUUACCAAGCGAGCUCUAAUGUUCGCUGUUAACCCCUCGUGCUCCAGCCUCUCAUCCCAACAUAGUCAUGCAGCUUUUUAAAAACAAAAGGAGACAUACAUAUAUCCAUUAUCUUUUACCGCUUUUCCCAUUCAAGGUCCUGAGGGGCUGGAGCCAAUCCCAGCUGUCAUUGGUUGAGAGGCAGGGUAACACCGGGGUAACACCCUGAACUGUUUACCAGCCAAUCACAGCGCUGACAUAUAGAGACAGACAACCAGCCACACUCACAUUCACACGUAAGGGCAAUGUAGAGUCACUAGUUAACCUAACAAGCACGUCUUUGGACUGUGGGAGGAAGCCGGAGUACCCGGAGAGAACACAUGCAUGCACAGGGAGAACAUGCAAACUCCACACAGAGAGGCUCCUGUCCAAUGGGGAUUCGAACCAGGAACCUCCUCGCUGUGAGGCAACAACACUAACCACUGCACAGAAACAAGACAAAAUGCAAAAAAGCAGGCUUCAAAAUAAUGAUCCACAAACAAAUAACUGUGUUUAUAUCGGUCAAUGCCCUGACCAAGACAUACAUCACAAAGUUUAUUCCUUGAUUUAAGAAUUCAAGAAGAUUCCUCGUCUUUUAUUCCUCAUUAACAGUCUUAACUCAAGCUGCUUUACUUUCAGGAGACUUUUUCUGUAACUGGAAACUGGCCGUCUUCUUUAUAAAAAUGUGGAUGCGUUCAAACCGACAAAUAGAGGAGAGUGAACAACGUGCAGAACACGUGCACGAUCACGUGCAGACGAGAGGAUCAUUUAAAGAGCAAAUUAAAGUCAGAUGAAAACAAAUGUGCUUCUGCUCUCUGUAGUGAUGCCGUAACUCGAGUAGAAGAUGCAGAAACACUCGGUUAGUCCUUGAGCUCAAUCACUGACAGUAAAAUGUGCGUAAGCUAAACACGAGUGACCUUACUCUGUUCUCCCUGUUUGGUAUAAAGUACAAACCGCGUCCACAUGCAGUUUUCUGACCUCACCCUGCAGGAUUUUUUGGGAUUUAAUUUAUGAUUUCCAAACUUCCAGCAGCCAAGUGAGAGAUCAUCUGUCAGCUCUCCCCGAGGCCUGCACCUGGAUGUAUAGUGUUUCUCUUUCUGACCUUAACGAAAGCAUCAAAAGCAACAUUUCAUACUUUGCCAUCCAAAUCUCUCUGUUCACCCCCGUCUCUGGCUCGCACCGUAAACGUGCCCGAGCUGCACGCUGCUGGCUCCAGACACACAGCUCGUCUGCUGCACGCCAUAAACAUGCCAAACUGUUGCAAUUUUCUUUUGCAAAAUAAAACUCCCAUCGUCUGUAGAUAUUUUGAUUGGUUUUCAUGCCACAAGAAUGCAUCUUGCUCAUUACAAACUCGUGCCAUAAAUAAUCCCGAGGCUCAGAUCUCUCCUUCUUCCCACAGUUUCUGACAGACUUAAAAUAUCUGACCCUGAAACAUAUUAAGGACUGAACUUGUGUCUUAAAAUAACCUCAACAAAACAUGCAUGUUUCAAAGCGUUUUGAGCAGAGGGACUGGAAAAAGCAGAGGAGAGGAGCGAAGGCAUGCAGGGAAUGUCCCGAGUUAUCGAAGAUGAAAAAUGCUCCGAAAAUAGGAAUGCUGAACUUCAUGGGGAACAAACGAGAGGUGUGUUAUUUUUAAAGUUUCCCCCUGGUGUGUCUGAUUUUUCAAAGUUAUGGCAGUUCUCACGGUUUAAUUAUUAUAUUCUUAUUAAAGUGAAUAAAGUCUCAAUGUAUUCCUCUCAGAUGUUCAAAACACACAGGAGGUGCUCAGGAGGUGAUGAAUCGUCCAUGAAAAAUGUGUCAUGAAUAUUUAUCUGUACAGAAGUGUUGCUCUGAAUAUCAUUAAAAUGUUGAUUUGUUGAAUA